CUUGAUCAACGUAACUUGAAUGUCAAGGUCGACCAGUGAUGAUGCAUUAUCGCUAAGAUGUUUUAUGUAUUGGUAGUGAUCGGCACUCUUCUGCUAUCUGCUUUUUCUGUGGGAUGCAUUUCAGAUAUAUCUCAAAAUAAACUUAUUCAGCAGGAAUUGUUUCCUGAUCAUUUGUUUUCAAAAUUUAAAAAUCGUUCAGUGGAAAGCAGUUUGAAAGAGAUAUUUGAAAAAAUUAAUGUUGUACGCAGUAUAGGCAGUCCUGGUCAUGUAAUGGUUAGAGAAGUAGGUUUUAGUUACAUCAAAAUAAAAACGUUUACUUUUAAGUUUAUCACAAAAUUUCUAGAAGAACGUGGUUGGCAUGUUGAAUUGGAUACUUUCAAAGAAAAUACAAUAAUUGGACCUAAGGUCUUUCAUAAUAUCGUCGGCUAUAAGAAUAAAUCGACAUACUCUAAAUUCUUAAUUUUGUCUUGUCAUUAUGAAUCAAAAAUGAUACAGAAUUUUGUCGGUUCAACUGAUUCAGCUAUGCCAUGUUCAAUAAUCUUGAAAAUUGUUGACUUAUUGAAUAGUGGGAUCGACUCAAUCAAGAAUUCUAGCAUUGGUCUGAAGGUUGUAUUUUUCGAUGGUGAAGAAGCCUUUGAAGAAUGGACAGAUACUGACAGUUUGUAUGGAUCACGACAUUUAGCCGCAAAAUGGAAUGAAAAGUCCAGUUCAACAGGAGAGACAGAAUUAAGUAAAAUUGAUCUGUUUGUUCUCCUGGAUUUACUUGGUGCAGAAAAUCCACAAAUACCGGAUUUUCGUUAUGAAACUCGAGGGAAUUAUAUCCUGCUUAGCGCUUUAGAAAAGAAAAUGAGAUCAUUAAAUCUACUGAAAACUUUUGGACUAUAUAAAGGACCGUUUUUUGGAAGUCGUUUAGAUCACAGUAUUUCAGAUGAUCAUAUACCAUUUCUUAAACGAGGUGUCCCUAUACUUCAUUUGAUUCCAGUUCCCUUUCCUAAAGUAUGGCACACAAUUGAAGACAAUGCGUCGGCUAUCCACUGGGAUACAUCUGUUGAUUUAUUAUUUCUUAUGGAAGCGUUUGUAAGAAGUUAUUUACAUAUUUUACUGUGAUAUGUUAGUCAGAACACAUGCAAACGCCUACACCCACGCACCCACCCACACACACAUAAACACAAAUGGACAAACCCAUCAUGUGGAUAAAUUUGAACAAGUCAAUCAAAAUCCUACUUGUCACUUUGUUUUCGGUAAUUUACAAAGUGUGAUAACUCGUUGUUGUUUUUUGUGAUACAAUGAUGGUAUUUUUUUCUUUUCUUUUUUUGGUAUUAUGAUAAUAAGUGAUAUUAUUUGCUUGUAAAUAUAUAUGUAUACAUAUAUAUAUAUAAUUAGGUGUUUUAUGUUU